AUUUCAUCUGUCUCCACUUCUCUAUAGUUGAUUACAAUCUGGUUAACAUGUGAUAUUAUUUGAAGAAAUUUGUUCAUCCAAGUAGUAAUCAACUAUUUGUAGUCAUUUGGUAAAAGAUCAAUUGGAGCUGUGUCGUACUCUGUCGUCCGGUCGGUAACUGAGCAAAUAAUAAGAACGAGGGUAGAAUAGUAAAUUUAUAUAUAGUUUUCCCAAGCAAGGAGAAGAAGAUAUACAUAGUAUAUCCAAAAAAAAAAAACAUGUCUACAUAUUCUUCUUCUAGCUCAGAUCUCUCUUUUGUUCGUCUUCAGUUCCAAUGGCGUCGUGUAUUGCUACUGCUCCUCUUUCUCUAUCUGGCGUGUCUCAAUCUCAUUAUGUGAAAGCUAAUGGAUUGUCUACAACAACAAAACUCAGUUCUAUUUGUAAAACCUCUGAUUUGACUAUUCACAAGAAAUCAAACCGGACUCGCAAGUUUUCUGUUUCUGCAGGGUAUCGAGAUGGAAGUAGAAGCGGAAGCAGUGGUGAUUUCAUUGCUGGUUUUCUUCUAGGAGGUGCUGUCUUUGGCGCUGUUGCUUAUAUCUUUGCUCCACAGAUCCGAAGAUCGGUUCUAAAUGAAGAAGACGAGUACGGUUUUGAGAAGCCGAAACAGCCAACGUACUACGAUGAAGGUUUAGAGAAAACAAGAGAGACACUGAAUGAGAAAAUAGGACAACUUAAUUCAGCGAUAGACAAUGUCUCUUCGCGUUUACGAGGUCGAGAAAAGAACACUUCUUCCCUAAAUGUACCGGUCGAAACUGACCCAGAGGUUGAAGCUACGACUUGAAGGAAGAAACAAACAGCUUUCUUCUUCUGUGUUUCAUUUGUAAACUAGAGUUAAAAAACCAUUACUUAUAUGUUUGAUUUGGUUCUUUUCUUUCUGGUUUGCCUUUGUGCUCAGUCCUUAGUAGAAAGAACUCUUGCAAAGUGAAAUGUAUACGUCUUUUGGUUUUAGUGUGAAUUUGGUUCAAUUUAAUUCGAAAAAAUCUUUGUUCUCUUAGUAAUAUAUUG